AUGCAUCUCAUGUACACCCUCGACGCCUCGGGCAAACGCGCCUACACCCUCAAGAAGGUCAUCAAAGGCGAGGUCUCCAAGUCUGCCCACCCGGCGCGCUUCUCGCCCGACGACAAGUACUCCCGCCACCGAGUCACGCUGAAGAGGAGAUAUGGACUGCUCAUGACGCAGCAGAAGGAUAAGCAUGCACUCGGAACCUAG